GUAUCUGUUUCCAAGGCUCGUGCAAUAAUUGUCCUUGCUGAAGAUGGGAAUGCUGACCAGAGUGAUGCCCGUGCACUUAGGACAGUCUUAAGUUUAACAGGAGUAAAAGAAGGACUGCGGGGACACAUAGUGGUGGAAUUAAGUGAUCUUGAUAACGAGGUCCUUGUUAAACUUGUGGGUGGAGAUCUUGUUGAAACUGUUGUGGCACAUGAUGUAAUUGGUCGCCUAAUGAUUCAAUGUGCUCGACAGCCAGGCCUUGCACAGAUCUGGGAAGAUAUCCUUGGGUUUGAGAAUUGUGAGUUCUACAUUAAAAGGUGGCCACAGUUGGAUGGUAUGCAAUUCGAAGAUGUACUGAUCAGCUUCCCUGAUGCAGUUCCUUGCGGAGUCAAGGCCACAUCCUGUGGUGGAAAAAUUAUUUUGAAUCCCGAUGACUCUUAUGUUUUACAAGAAGGUGAUGAGGUUCUUGUCAUAGCGGAGGAUGAUGAUACUUAUUCUCCCGCAACACUGCCUACGGUGCUUCCCUUUUCUUAG